AGACACUGUGGGCACAUGUGGAAUGGUUCACCUGAUACGGAUCCGUACAUACUGUACCCCAUGACAUGACAGGGUCUAGAACUGGGGAGGCCCGGCGCCCUGACAAGUUAUCACCAAUUACUACACAUUUAUUUGAAAACUUCGUGAGAACCCGGCAAUGCCGUCAUGUGUCAAUUUGCUACUGGCAAACAGCCAAGGUAAAUCAACAUGCCGGUACCAUCAAUAUCAGUGGCCCACACUGGUUGGACCUUGAUUUGACGUUGCAUAGAUACCUUAUCACCGAGGCCGGCGGGUAGCGAGCGCCCCGCUUGACUAUCUCCUCAAGUACGUGUUAAGCUGUCGGGUACACAGGUAAUCAUGAUAUAGUGCAAGCUAGGUUACUGUAUUAUAAUCUAGCACCAUUGCAAUUCUGCCCGCUUUCUUCCUUCCCCACCCUUGUUUGGAAGACGCUCCCAGGCUUCAUGACGCCCCCGGCCGAUAGCACCAGUUCUCGUGGCAGGCGAAGAUCACACAAUGCCUGCCUUCCUUGCAGAAGAAAGAAGACUCGCUGUCCCGGCGAGAAGCCAGCUUGCUCGAGUUGUGCACGCCUCAAACAGCCAUGUGGCUAUGCACCCAUGAGAAGGCCUUCACGUGGCGGUCCUUCGGAAGAGAGGCUUGCGACUCUUGAAGAGAAACUGAAUCUCAUUUUGAAUGGAAACCUGUCGAAUUACACAACGUCCUCACGUCGAGAGCAGCCGCCUAAAGAGAGUGCUGAUGAGUCGGAGAGGUCGUAUUCCCCAAGUCCAGUGUCCGAGCGAAACAGCCCUACCAGCCAUCACUCGACGGUGCGUUCUGAUACACCAAGUUCAAAGUUGCGGCCAGACCCAUCCGAUAUUGCCCGCGGCAUUCAAGUCUAUUUCAAGCACUGCCAUAGGCAGCCAAUAUGGUGCUUUGAGCGCGAAGAAGUCCGCGAUUUUGGGUCACUACCUGAUGAACUAGCCUACAGUAUACUUGCUUUGACUUCGCGCUUCUCUCAAAGGCGCGACCAGCUACAGCCAUUUAGCAAUGCUGCUAGACACCUAAUUAUGCUACGUAUCGCAAAUGGCACGGUAGCUAUUACGACGAUCGAAAGCUUGUGCCUGCUUUCCUACUCCUCAUUCAUAGAUGGCAACACUCAUCUCGGCCAGUUUCAUCUUGGCCUUGCUGUCCAGCUUUGUCGAUCUGCUAUGUUGGAUCUAGAAACAGGCUACAAUUUCCAGGACCCGACCAAGGAACGGAAGAAACGGCUUUUUUGGAGUCUUCAAUUGCUUGAGCAAUUCUACAGCCGGCAGACGGGUCUUUCAACCGCGCCAGCCGAAAUCAAUCGCCUGUUCCAUUCUUCAUCUGGCGGACCCCAAGGACUCUACUCAGAAUUAGGCCCAAAUACGCCACCUCUGCCUAAGGAUAAUCUUGGCUAUUCAACACCAAAUGAGCCCGGUAUAUGGAAUACUGGGCUACAUCUAGGUUGGGUCUGGAGUCGCGUAAGGAAGUACGUAUCUGAUUGCGCUCAGAACAUUCUCAAAGAACCGUGGCGGCACGACUCGACAUAUGCCCUGGUUCUUUCUGAUUUCUUGGAGACGGAAAACAGAAUUCCGAUGUGUCAUCGCUAUGACUCAGUCAAGUUCUAUGAUCGCAAAAUAGAACAACUGAAAACCAACCAUGACUACUGGGCGCCAUGGUUGAAGGAGCAGUUCACGUAUCACGCUAUCCCCACCGUCCUCAACCACCCAUUCUUGUACAUCGUCGGAGCGCAGCACAAUCCGAACCUAGCAAUUCCGAACACUUUCUGGAAGAGGUCGUCUGAGCUCGCGCUACUACAUGCCACCUGGAUUGUCCGCAUCAUAGAUAUGGUUGUGGACAAGCAAGUACCACUUACCGAUCCAUUUUUUGGGCACAUAGCCGCAAUCGCAGCCACUGUGCAUCUCUACUACUGCUGCGCUGCAUCUGCGAAACUCAAACUCAAGUCCAAUACGGACUUUGCGAAGUGCAGGAAGUUUUUGCAAAGCUUUAUGCCUUUCUCGUCCGCCUGUGCAACCUUGGACCACAACUUGGACAAAAUGACACGGAUCGCCGCUGGACCCGAUAGCAUGGACGUCGAAGACUGGAUGCCAUCCAAAAUGUACCUGAGUGUGCCUCUAAUGUGGGAUAUUUUACAGUUCAACUGUAUGGAAGAAUCACAGAUACCCACUGCGGACUUACUAGACCCCUCGCUUGCUCCCAGAAUCCCUCGGGAAGAUCUAAGUGAAAACUCGAUGCUUGAGAUUAUUGUCGCAACCUCGCCAGAAAUCAACCUGGACACUACAGAUGGCGGUCAGGAUGCGCCCUCGUUGUCACGCAGGGCCCCCGCUUCUUCCACGCCGGAAUCCGCACGAAACAUAGUUUUCAACGAAGCCUCAUUCGAGCAGGCAGACAAUCUUACUUUCAACACUACUCCCUGGCUGUACGCGGAUCCGUCUGAGUUUGUUAGUCUGGGAGAUUUGGGCUGGCAGGACCCGCAAACUGCUCUUCACGAUACACGGGGCGCGCCCUGGUGGGAAGGCCAGACCUUCAACAACGCAAUGUUUGGUUAGCAGUAGCAUUUGGAGGUUUCAUGGGCAUCACAGACCUUACAAUGUGCGGAGCCUGUAUAUUACCUGUCAAAGAUCUGCUGAGUCCGAGCAAUCUAGUUCAUAUUAAUGGUGCACACUCCUAUGCAGCUGCCGCGCAAAUCUGUAACUGAUUGCCAUAAGAGACAGUAUUCUAAAUUUGACUCGAGCUAGGUUUUCCCUUCGACCGUUGCAAUAGAUUCCCCAGAUGUCUCUCGUACGAUGCGCCUAUUUCUUUAUGAUUUGUUUUACGACAAGUUCUAUAAUAGACUAGAAGCCAUACAAUAGAGAGGUCAAGCCGUGAUUCGAUGAGCUUAGAAACUUGGGCUUGUCUAUUCGAUCGAGUUAGAGUCCACAAAGACCGGGUUCGCCCUGUUAUGCAGGUGCGGGCACUAUUUGGCCAACAUGGGCUACAGUGCAAGUUUCACAAUCGGUAGUCGGUCCGUUACUGAGGUGAAUCCAGGC